UUUCUUAAUGACGUCCUCUCUACCUUUGGUUAUAUUCAAGCGAUUACUUCUGUGAAUGGCAUAAAAAUCAUUAGGAAACAUUGGGAAAUCUUGUUUUUCUCGAUUAGGAAAGUUGAAGCUCACUUGCAAAGAUAAAUUCCACUUGAAUGUUUGUUGCUUUUUUACUAAAGAUGAAACCCAUUAAUAGUCUUUUGUUUACUAUUUUAGUGUUCACUUUCAACUUUACCUUUCUUCAAGGAAACGCUUCGAGUGAGGAUCCUACUUUAACAAUAUCAACUGGUCAGAUCAAAGGUAAAUCCGUGUCAUUCCGAGGAUCCCAAGUAUACCAAUUUCUUGGUAUACCUUUUGCUGAGCCACCUCUAAAUGAAUUAAGAUUCACGAAACCUGUACCCAAAAAACCUUGGGACAAUGUAAUACCUGUUAAUAAAUGGGGACCACAUUGUAUCCAACCAGAAUUUCCCGGAUUCAAUGAAGGUUAUCCUUCUGACGAAGAUUGUCUGGUUCUCAAUGUAUUUGUUACUCAAUCGACUCUUGAUGGCGUUAAAAGUGGCAUUAAAAAACCUCGACCUGUAAUGGUCUGGAUUCACGGAGGUGGAUUCUCCUUUGGUUCAGCUAAUGUUGAUUUUUACGAUGGAACACCGUUAACUGUUAUGAAUGACAUUGUCUUUGUUUCCAUCAAUUAUCGUCUUGGAGCUUUUGGUUUCUUACAUUUGCCCGAAUCAGGUAUACCGGGUAACUUUGGUCUUUGGGAUCAAUUGUUGGCUUUGAAAUGGGUUAAGGAUAACAUUCACUUUUUUGGUGGCAAUCCUGAUCAGGUGACAAUAUUUGGUGAAAGCGCUGGUUCCAUGUCUGUAUCUGCUCUCAUUGUUUCACCUCAUUCUCGUGGUCUAUUCAAGAAUGCCAUCAUGCAAAGUGGUUCAAUUUAUGAUAUGCAUCUUUGGUCUAAUUCAAAAACCUCUGAAGUUUUGCUUGAAAAGCUUAACUGUAGCUCAGUCGAUGACAUUGUUUCCUGUCUGCGAUCAGUCAAAGCAACCGAUUUCAAUAUACUUGCUGGGUUCCUGUAUUGGCCAAUAAUUGGAGAUGAAUUUUUACCAAGUCAACCCCAAGAAUUGAUGAAAUCUAUCGAUAAAAAUGUUAACAUCCUUUUAGGAGUCGUUGGUAAUGAAGGCGCUGGAAUGUUAACAACUCUUGAUAACAAAAUUUUCCACCCUGUUGAUCCUGUCGACUUGUCUGUUGAUCAAGCUCGAAAAUUUUUAAAACAAGUGUUUGGGGAAAAACACGAAGAAUAUUUCACUAAAAUUUAUCUCGACCAUGUUGAUCCAGAAAAUUCCAACGAACUGCGAUUAGCCCUUGCCCAAGCAAUCGGUGAUGUUUCGUUAGGUUGCCCAACCUACAUAUUUGGCAUUGAUGCAGUCAAAAUUGGCCAAGCAAAUGUAUACGCCUAUGUCCAAACUCAAAAACCAUCGAAAUCAUUUUUUGCGUUCAUCUCUAAUACUACUUGGAUACCUGCUACUCAUGGUGAAGAUGUACCGAUGAUGUUUGGAGCUCCGUUUCUCGAUCCACUUGGUUACACUCAAGAGGAUAUUUUGCUAUCCACAGUAAUGCUAAAUACCUGGGGAAAUUUCGCGAAAUUUGGUGAGCCUCGAUUUUUUGGAGAAUCAGAUAUAUGGAGCAAAUGGAAAUCUGAUGAAUCUGGUAAAUUUGAAAAGUUCGUUAUGGAAUUUAAUACUCAAAGAUUUGGUUUAACCAACAAUCAAGCAGUUGAAAAUUGUGAGAAAAAUUGGCCUUUUCCGAUCGAUUCAGUAAACUUGAAUUUCAGUCUUGAUGAACUGGAAAAUCUUUCUCGUGAUGAACUUUAAAUUUAGAGUUUCUAUCAGAAUUCAAUGAAUUUUUUGAACUGGAUUAUUUUUUCAACAUAAACUCGUGGAACGUUCCCUUUUCCGAAUCAAUAAAACGAGAUUUGCAAAGCUUAA